GAGUAAGAGAGCAGGAAGAGGGGAAAGUGCUUUUUUCUGCGGGAUUGUACUUUCGAAACAAGACGAAUACCCCAACGUUAUAGCACGACGGUGCUACAGGUACUGACAGUUAGGAGGACAGGCAACCGCGAGAGACGGCUAAAGAGAGUUUCUGUCAUGGCGAGUGGUUCUGUGUCAGAGUGUAAGGAGUACUUGUUUAAAGUUUUGGUUAUUGGAGAGCUGGGUGUAGGGAAAACGAGCAUUAUAAAGCGCUACGUCCAUCAGCUUUUUUCACAGCAUUACAGAGCUACUAUCGGAGUCGAUUUCGCUCUAAAAGUUAUCAACUGGGACAGCAAGACUCUGGUGAGAUUACAGCUAUGGGACAUAGCAGGUCAGGAACGGUUUGGUAACAUGACCAGGGUGUACUACAAAGAAGCAGUUGGAGCAUUUGUUGUCUUUGAUGUCACAAGAGGAUCCACCUUCGAGGCAGUCUCCAAGUGGAAACACGACCUGGACAGCAAGGUGAAGCUGACCAAUGGGAAUCCUAUCCCUGCUGUGCUGCUUGCCAAUAAGUGUGACCAGAAGAAAGACAGCACCACUGACAACUUCACCCUCAUGGACAAUUUUUGCAAAGAGUCUGGCUUCUUGGGUUGGUUUGAAACCUCAGCAAAGGAUAACAUAAAUGUGGAUGAAGCUGCCCAUUUCCUGGUGGAGAACAUCCUAGCCAAUGACAAGGGCUUGCCUUAUGAGGACAGUAAUGGAGACAAGGUGAAACUGGACCAGGAAGCUGUGGCAGCAGAGAGCAAGUCCCAGUGCUGCUAGCGUUACAGCUCAUCAAGAGAACAUUCAAGUCAAGGACUGGAUUUCAGGACUCAACAUUAAACUCUGAAUCCCACGUCAGUUUGAGCUAAAGUCAGUAAUACAGUCUUUGACCUCAUUCUGGCUAACUGUUACCACUACUUUGUAAUUGUAAUUGUAAUUCUGUGGGCCAUUUAAGCACUGUGGCAUCAAAUGCAAACUUUCACAAUGUUAAUAUGAUCAUUCCUCAAAUCUAAUGGUUUGACUAAGUUGGGCCCAGAGUCCUAAGCCCUUUUAGCCUUCAGUGGUCUCACUGGUAGAAAUAGGGGAUAGAAUUUUUAAUGUUCUUGUUUUAAUAUACCCCUUUGCACAGAGGCCCAAUUGUUUUAUAUCACAUUUCUGUCUGAGCAAUUAGAAUGAAAACAUUGAAAGGUGCUGCUUCAUUUAACAAUGACCUAACAUUCUUUUAUGAAUAUAGUUUCUGCUUUAGUUUUGCAGUGAGAAAAAGGGGGUUGUAUAUGUUUGUCUUCCUUUAUUUGGUUUAAGUGCCAGAGUUCUACUGAUUUCCAUUGAAGACAUCUUAAGUAACCAACAUAGCUGAAACCAUGAAAUUAAAUAAUUGAUUUGAUAAAUGUUUCUGCUGCAUGAAAUUUUAACUAGGUGCAUUUUACAAACACUUUACUAGUCUUUCUUCCAUCUUUGAAUGCUAUCUUAUAUUUUUUUAUUUUAUCAUACAAUUGUGGCUUUCUUUUUUCUUUGAUAUACAGGUAGGUGUUUCACUAGCACUGUUCUUACAUUUUUAGCCGUGAUUAGGGUCCUGGCUUUCUGUCUCACAAAUACAGUGAACUUGUGCUUCUCUCCCUGGUAUGUAGCAUGAUACAUGAUACAGUUUUCUGCUGCAAGUAGUUCUAAUUCUAGAAAAGAGCAUGUACGGGUUAGCAUACAUAUAUCUCAUGUCACGAGACAGGUUAUUUUACCCUAUGGAUGAUGUGUUAUUGCAGUAGUAAUCCUGCUCAGUAUGAGAGGAACUGCAGGUUCAGACAGUUGGGUUCUGUGUUUGGUUGAGGAUGCUGAGAAGCUCCCAUCUGUCGAAUUAUGACUGAACACCACUUAAUUAGAAUCCCACCUUGAAGAAUAAUAUCUUAUUGAGCAUGUUUGUAGCUUGGGGAAUGCCUGUACCAAGCUGAAGAGUUGUCUGUAAAAAGGGUUUCUAAAAAACCAACUCCAGGCCUAGGUUAGAAUAAACUCACUUUCUAUUCAAUUAACAGCCUCUUUCUCACAUAGUGUAGUUAAGGUUACAUUAAUGUCCGCAUUAGCCUCUGACUUAUUUUUGGAAUAAACAGUAGUAUUGACAGAUAACUAAUGUAAUUAAAUAGUGUGUGCCUCAGUUUAUAAAUAUUUCUCUAAUAUUUUGCAUAUAAGCAUUUAUACAACAUACUAUCAUAAAGAGGGGUACAUUAAUCACAUACUGUAGCUUGUUUCAUAUUGCAAAAAAUACAAAUCUUUUUUAGUACGUUUUUGUAAAGCCAUGAAUAUCAAGGUUUCACAAUGCAAAAGGUACUUCAAAGACACUUUUAAGGACAUCAUUCUAUGUAAAAUGUUUACAAUAAAAGGACUGAUGGGUUUAGCAUGAAUCAUAAAAUCUCUAGUUUAUUGUUUGAGAACGCUUAACAGGGCUUAGCAAUAAUUUGCUAAGAUUCAGCAAUUCACGUUUAUCAUUUGUAAUGUACCUUCCAGUAAACUAAUGUUACAUUAAGAGCACUUUUAGGAUGGGGUUGCAUGUAACACUAAUGAACAUGAGCUUAAAUAAUUAUGCAGCACACUCAGUUACAGUAUUAGAGAAAGGUCAGCGGAGCUGCCUUCUAUUCAGUGGUUUGCUUUCAGAGAUUAAUUGAAGCAGUGUAAAAGAGGUAACAUGACAAAUUAUAUCAUUUUUUUAUUAUUUAAAAUAUUUGCAGCCAUUAAUCAUUUAAUUCCUCUAAGCUAAUUCUAAUCUUUAAUGUUCUAUUUUUAUUCAGUUUUUGAAAAUCCAUUUUAUUAUCUUUUAAAUCUUUAUUAAAUUCUUUAAUAUAUAAGUGACAGACUAAACAAGUCAUGUGUUUUUCUGAAUGUUUUAGAAAUUCACUAGUAGAUACAUUUUAAAUGUAAAAAAUAGUUUAUUGAAUAGGAAUUAGAUCUGUCAAAGGCUUGUGGUAGAUGCUUAAAUAUACAAGAGUAAAAUUACUAUUAGAAAAGCAAAAUAUAAAAGAUAUGUCCCCUGCGUUCCAUAUACACUAUAUUCCAAUAGUUUUAAAUCUAAAUAUAAAUUAUAUUUAUAUAACCAAUAAAAAUUGUGGGAAAUGUAUUACUAUCCAUACCAAGAGGCAUUAAAAUACUGCAAAUGAUGUCCUUUAAAAAUAACAUUACUGCCAUUCCUAUUGUUAUCAUUUAUAUGGUUCAAGUAAAUGGAGGAAAAAAUUCACUCUUUUAAAAUGCAAUGUGUCAUUUUUCAUAAAAUACUUUUAAGUGAACUAAUAGUUUACAUACUAGAAGUAUAUAACUAAGCAUAUGCAGCUCUAUAGAAAUGAUCCGAAAUGCACUGAAACACCAGUCAUCAAACCAGCCAUUUUAAAUGUUAUGGAACUUUAUCAUUAACUGGUAGCCGCUUUACUAUGGCGAUUUUAUUCAUCAGUUUUGGGCAACUCUGCACAUAUAUGUGCUACCUACUUUUUGCUUUUUAGCGUUGUAGAGGCUUAUGACACAAAACUGAAAUGGAUGCAUGAUUUUUAUUUUGUUUUAAUUAAUGGCUGAACAGAUUGUGAAAACUAGAAAAGGAUGAAUCUGAAGUGUGGAUGUCUUUCAUUGAAAUAAACUAAAAUCACAUAAUAUUAAACCAUUCAUGUUUGACGACGAUCUGUAAGUAGUUCAGUAAAGUGAUCCUGUUAAACCUUUAGAGAAAAAUGUAGCGGAUCCUCUAAAAGGCUUCAGAUAUCAAUAUGAUUGAUUGUGUUCCUUUCUGUUUUCAAAAAUGCAAAUAGUUUUACAUGUGCAUUGAGAAACAAAAACAGUAUUGUUUUCACUGUGUAUGGCAAUAAUGUUCUUAUUUAUCAACCAGGAUUAUAGAAGCAAACAAUAAAUAAUUGCAGAAUUACUUUUUUAAAGUUUUUUCUAUGAAAACGUAUUAAAAUACACAUUGGCAUUAAAAAUGCACAUAAUAGUGUAUAUUACUGUACUGUAUGUGCACAUAAUGCACAUAAUAGAAUUUUUGCAACCACAGUGAACACAAAACUUUUAUUUUCCAUGUAGUUUUUUCAUAAUAUUUGAAAUUGUCCAAAUUCCAAAUGCAAAGAAUAAGGACUUUCACUGACACAUUAUAAGUCCUGCAGUGCUUUACAGGAGAGUUAGCACUGACUGAAGGUCAGUGUGCACUAAACACUGACAUCAGUACAAGCUGUGUCCAGCAGGUCCUUAGAAUAACUGUUGCAAUCUUAGGAAACUUGUGCUAACUGUACUCCAGCAAUUCAUGUCACUUGGGAAAUCCCAGCCACACUUGACUAAAGAUUUGCCUGUGCCUGAAAACUCUGACUUCUGGACUAUGGAGCUCCAGUGCCACUGCUUAAGAUCUUUAAAUUUAAGAUAUUUUUUAAAAUUCUAUGCAUACCUUAGCCCCUAAAUAUCUAAAAAUCUGCUGGAAGAAUACAUUUAAUGCUAGUUGAACGAAAUUGUCUGUACUGAGUGUCAUAAUGUACUCUGUAAUAGGUAAGGUAAGAUAAGACAAGAUCACUUUAUUAGCCAUAUACAAUUUCUUGCAUUAGGACUUUGUCUUUUUGCAGCUUGCUCUCCAUUUUGAUGUACUAAACAAGUACAAUCUUAAUUGCAAGGGUUUGUGAAAACUUUGUGGCUGCAAUAUGUCUUGGCAGUCAAAUAAACUCAAAUAAAAAAUAUGCCUUUGUCCUUAAUGAAAAAUUUAAUUCAAGGUAUUCCUGUAUAAAUAUAAAUGUAGUAGAUUUUUAUGUGAGGUUUCUCAAACAUUACAAUGAUACUGUAUGUACAAUUAUAGGACUUAGAAUAGCUCCUGUUUGUUAAUUUUGGAAGGCAUAUCCUAAGCUGCUGCUUCAAUCUAUCACCACCCUGUGAGUAACAAUCAACCAAACAGACACUAAAUUAUACAGUAGGUUUAUAAAAGAGUAUUUCUUGUUCUCUCUCGUCUGUUCCAGUUAAGUGAAGCACCAAAUAAGUACUAGAUUAUCUCAAAGACGACUUGGAAUCUGUGUAUCAGAAACAUGCCUGAUCUAUGAGUGUGUGAUACAAAUGAAAUUAUAAUUAUCACAGGCAAAUUAUAAUUAUCAGAGUUAUGCCAAGUAAGUGUCUCUUAUUUUCUCAAGAACGGCUGCAUUUUUGUAUACUGUAGCUGAGAGAAGAGAAAUAUAAAAUGUGUGUUGGAUACCUUCAGAAAAAAUGUGCUUUCUUUUUUUACUUCCCCUUCUCCACCUUCCUUUUUGUUACUAGUUCUUAGUUUGGUCCUAGUAAGAUAGAUCAGGACAGCUACCCAGAACAUUUUUCAGUUUCUACUCUAGGAUACAAGGCCUGGUGUAGUAUAGUAGGCUAUACUACAUGCCAAAUUAAUCACAAAUGACCUACUGCUACUUAUUCAGAAAGCUGCCACAAAGCUUGCUGAAUUCUUUCUCUAAGUUUUUCAACAGAUUGAAAUCAGUAAUUUGGACCUCCUCUGAUAAAGGCUUUCUUUUAGUAGGUAGGAUGCAACAGAACUGCAAAUUGGAUUAUUUGGACAUCUGGUCCAUAAAGUGAUGCCUACAUAAGACCAGAAUGGCAGCUUGAGCACUGUAUGGAUAAUACAGUAUAUGGUGCUCAUUUUAUGAAAAAUAAAUCCUUCAUAAGAAGGUUCAAUGAAACAGAAACAGAAAAUGUUUCAUCUUUAUUAAAGAUAAAAACAUGGUAUUUAUGGGGUAUUACUUUCUUUAGCUUUUUUUUUAUAUCCCCCCAAAAUUACAUCAGUUUUCAAACAGGUCUAAGCAAUGGUUUUUUGUUGUUGUUGAACGGGUAGGAAAUCUUGUUGUACCACAGUUUCAUUCACUGGAAUACUGCAUUUACUUUUUCUCACACCAAUGUUGCAGUGUUGCUGUUGGCAACCACAGUGGCCUGUGGGAGUAAUAUGCCUGACUGCUACAGCAGACUAUGCAGAUAAAAAAGGAAUUUUACAAUUAUCUAAUCCCUGUAAUUCAAUGUAAAGGGAUUGUCUAGUAUGUUUGCCGUUUCUUGUAAUUAAAUAUUUCUUGGCCUGAGUUUUGCUUUUGACCCAAGAGAUGUUGUUCCAUGGUGCCACGGCGAAGUCACUUAUCUUAUUUUGUAGUGCAAAUAGUAUAUAAAUAUUGCUCACUUUUCAAUUACUACUUAUUCAAUUGAGGGACAUAGUGGCCUGUAGUCUAUCCCAGGAAGCAUUGGGCGUAAGGUGGGAUUCACCCUGUAUGGGAUGCCAGUCUAAUUACUGGGCACAAACCCAUUACUGGGCACAAACAUGCAGACACUCACACCAGGGCCAAUUUAGAGAAGUCAAUUAACCUACCAGCAUGUUUCUGGUCUGUGUACAUGCCUCCUGUCAUGUAACCUUAAGUCCUUGCAUUGAAAUGUGUAUUUACAUAUAGUACCUGGGGCUCUUUGAACUCUCACCAUUUCUGAUCCUCCUUAUCUUUAAUCAUUCUUUUUAAUUGUUUCCUUUUUAAAAUUUGAGAAAUUUGAGGGUCAUGGAAAUCAUUCAUAUAAUUCUAGUAGUAUUUUAAGAUGCUAGAUUUUAGAAAUGGGUUAUUUGUGUAAAAAAGCUAGGAAUUCAAACUACAAACAGAAAUGUAGACAGAAGGAAAGCUAAUAUUUGUGUGUGUCAGUCAUAAAAGAAGCAUCUUAUGCACAUUUUUUGUAGCUCUUCUUUAUUAAUUUGUUUCAUGUAUUAUCAUGUGAACUAUCACACAUAUUACAAGUAUCAACCUUGUGAAUACCUUUCAUAGGGUCAAGCAUUAAACUUGAGAGAGUUUGAUCUUUCCAAUACAACCACUAUAGGAUGACCUAUCAUCUAAUGACUUGUUUUGGCAAUGUUCUAAUAUCUGCUUUGGUAAAUUUGUUUUUUACACAUGUGCCCUGUUCUCUCAAAAACAGGCUGUUCAAAUGUAUUUCUCCAGAUUACAUGGUUAAACUGCUUUCCUGACAUGUUGUUAAAGAUGCUCUGAAGUGAGUCAGAGCCAAAGUUACUUUUGUCACCUUUACUGAUAUGUCCUUAUAAAUAUAUUAGUUUGCAGUAUAUUUAUAAGAUACACAUGAACCAGAUACAAAACCCUAACCUUGGGAAAUAACCUAGAAAUAUCAACUGUUCAGUAAUCAGCUCACAUGUGCUCUACCUAAAAUGAAAAUAAAUAAAAUAAAUUUUUGCACGUAUA